UUGAUACGGAAAUUAUCUUGUCCAGGAGGGAGAGAUUGCGCUUGCGGUCGUGGCGUCGCGCGUGCGGCUGCGUUCCCGACUCCACGCCCCCGCGGAGAAGCUGCGGCGCUUGCCGUGCCCACGGAUUCGCUGGGGCUAGCGGCGACGGCGACUCCUAUUCUACUCUUACGAGGCUACGAGAUGUUUGCUGUGAGGUACGGACCGAGUACAUUUGCCUUUGGAUUCGAAAGGGCUGCUGCUGCACAUCCUCGAAAGUUCGGUUCUUUAGUGGUUUGUGGUGCCAGGGGUCCGAGGCCAAGAUAUCCUCGUGUGUGGAAAACUCGCAAGAGAAUUGGAACCGUUUCCAAGUCUCAAAAGCUUGUCCAAUGUGUUAAAGGUUUGUCUAAUGUAAAGGAGGAAGUGUAUGGUGCCCUUGAUUCAUUUGUUGCAUGGGAAUUGGAGUUUCCCUUGAUAGCAGUAAAGAAGGCACUUAAGACACUAGAAUACGAAAAGGAAUGGAAACGAAUAAUUCAGGUUAUUAAAUGGAUGUUUAACAAAGGUCAAGGAAAGACAAUGGGAAGCUAUUACACGUUGUUAAAUGCUUUGAUUGAGGAUGGGCGAGUGGAGGAAGCAGAAGAGCUGUAUGGGAAAAUAUUCUCACGGUAUUUGGAGGGUUUGCCUCGUACCUUUUUCAUGAGAAUGAUAUCUCUAUAUUACAGAUUGGAAUCGUAUCAGAAGAUGUUUGAGAUCUUUGCUGAUAUGGAGGAGCUGGGUGUUAGACCUGAUGGUUCAAUUAUCAGAAUGCUUGGUGAUGUAUUUCAGAAGUUAGGGAUGAUGGACAAAUAUGUGAAACUGAAGAAGAAAUAUCCACCACCAAAAUGGGAAUAUCGAUACAUCAAAGGCAAGCGCAUCAGGUUAAAAGUCUAUCCGAAAAACGAAAUUGAGGAACCAAUGAGAGACCCAGCCACCGACGAAGUGGAAGAGGAAGAAAGCAUGGACCUAGACAGUGAAUUGGAAGAAGCUGCAAGUGCAGGCCUAGACAGGAAUGUAUUGGACGAAGCAGCUUGUGGAGACCUUGAAUUUGUGUAGACCAGAGCUUCUCUUUGGUAUUAUUCAUGCCUGCUUCAUCAAAGCAGAAAGGCGAUAUCUUGGACGUGAGGCAGGGCACUAUUGAUGCCUUUGUCUUCACAGAUCUACCAGUAAGUGUUCUGCCUUCCCACCACGUGCAGAUGUGCUGCAUCUGUGUGCGAUGUGAUUAAUAUGUUUCUUGAACUGGUUGGUCAUUAUCGUCGUAGCCGACUACAUGAUAUGCUGUCCCUAGAAGCGAAGAUUCCGCGUGCAUGGACAUGGCCGACGGCCAUUGGCCUUAUCGUUCAUCCAUUUCAUCUUACAGGGAGGGAGGAAGAACAUGUUGACACUUGACAGUCGACAGAAACGUGCCGUAGUAUUAUUGUAGCACUACAGUUAUUAGUAUCUCGUACACUAUCUAUUGGAGGGCUCCUUUGGAACUAAGAAACUUUACAGGAAUUUUGUAGGGUGUGAAUCCUCUGGAAAAAUUUCCUAUAUGCUUCUUUAGAAUUCCUUUGGAAAAAUGAGCCCUUUAGAAUUCCUAUGAAAUGACCUAAAGCAUAGGAAUUUGGAGGAAAUUUACCAUGAGCUCUUCUAGAAAAUGUCCUUUGUGUCACUCUUUCCAAAUUACCGUAUGAUUUUCCUGUAAAACAACCAAACAACGUGAUUGAGCAAUUCAUGUAUUUUGGCAUUCUAUUUUUUCUAUAGGAUCAAGUUGG